AUGGAGCUCGAGAACGAUUCGUUGAAACGAGAUAUGAAGGCGUUAAGGGAUGACCUUGAGGCUUCCAGAAGGCAAGCGGAGGUGCUAAAAGCCGCUGCUCGCGCGUCGAAAGCGGCUAAGGAUAAAGGAACUGGAACUUGCAAAGCUGCAACUGCAAGUAAAGAGGCGUUGGAGGACAUUGAUCCAAGGUUGAAAUCCGAAACAGAUUCCUUGAAGGAUGGACUCGAUAAUUGCGCGGACGAGAUGCGAAAGCUGAGAACCGACAGCAAUCAGCUUAAAUUAGAGAAUCGAGCUUUCGAGUCCGAUAUUCGCGAACUUGACGAUCGCUUAACGAAGGAAAUCGCCAAUCUGAAAGCGAAAAACGCAGGAUUGGAACAGAAACUAGAGACAUUGGAUAAAUGGAAGUCGAAAAACGUGGAUUUACUUGGUGAAAAUCGAUCGUGGAAGUGUGAAAUUCAGGCAAGGGGCGGCGAAGGGGGUCUGAGACAAGAGAUUGCCGAUCCGAAGAAAUUAAUCGACGAAUUAGAAGAAAAAAUUGCUAAACUGGAAACAGACAUAGAUCAUUGGAAAAUGGAGAACUGCAAACUUCAGUUGGAAAUUGAUAAAUCAAAAGCUGAUCUUGAUAAAGCAUUGAAAGAUUUGCUCGAAUGCCAGCUAAACGAUCGUAGAAACGAGCUGGAGGAGCAGAUGGCCGCGAAAGAUACGGCCAAGGAGGAAUUGGCCGACGCGAAGAAACAGCUGGCCGCCCUAAAAGCGGCGUUGGACAAGGUUCGCAGCGAAAACGAUAAGCCCAGAAACGAGAACGAGGGGCUGAAUGUAGAAUUAGCCAAGUUGAACGAGCAAAUGGAAACUUUGAAGGACGAGAAUGCGAACCUGGAGAACGAAAACGCGAAUCUGAAGAACGAAAACGCGAAUCCGAAGAACGACAAUGCGAAAUUGGCGGCGGAGUUGACUGGAACGAAAAACAAAUUGGCAGAAGCGGAGAAACAGGCGACCGAUCUGGAGAAAGAGAAGAGCGACUUGAAGAACAAAAUAGCCGAUCUCGAGAACACGGUGAACGAGCUGGAAUCCUUGAAGAAAUAA